AUGACCCAACAAACCAAAGACUGGAGCGCAAACCAAUACCUCAAAUUCGAAAACGAGCGCACCCAGCCCGCCCGCGAUCUCCUAUCGCACGUGCCCCUAACAGCCCCAAGGAGAAUAAUCGACCUAGGCUGCGGCCCAGGCAACUCAACAACAGUACUAGCAACCCAAUACCCAUCAGCAACAAUAACAGGGCUAGACUCAUCACCGGACAUGAUCAAGCGCGCAAAGAAAGUCCUCCCAGACCAUGACUUCCAAAUCGCAGACCUGUCCACGUACACGCCCGACCCAGCCACGCCAGUCGACCUCUUUUUCUCGAACGCGGUGUUCCACUGGCUGAAAGCGGAUGACCGCAUCGCGGUCAUUAAACGGCUGCUACAGCCGCAGCAAGAGGGCGCGGUUUUCGCGCUCCAGGUACCGCAUAAUCUGAACGAGCCGUCGCAUCUGCUCAUGCGUGAGACUGCUGCUGAGGGUCCGUGGAAGGAGAAACUGGCUGGGGUGCAGAGAGAUGGGUUUCAGUCGCCGCAGGAGCUGUAUGAUCUGCUGAAGCCGGUUUGUAGUCGGGUUGAUGUUUUUGAGACGAGUUAUUAUCAUUCGCUGGAGAGCCAUGAGGCGAUUAUUGAGUGGGUUAAGGGGACGGGGUUGAGGCCGUUUUUGGAGCCGUUGGUGGAUGGGGAGGAGGAGGCGUUUUUGGCGGAUUAUUUGAGGCGCUUGCGGGCUGCUUAUCCCGUUUCGUUUGAUGGGAGGGUGUUGUUGAAGUAUCCGCGGUUGUUUUUGGUUGCUGUGAAGUGA